AUGAUGAGAUACGUAGUGACAAUAAAUGAUUAUGAAACUAGAAAUGAUGUGAUAUAUUAUAUCAUUUACCUUAAUUGUUAAAAUGCCUUUAAAACACUAUAUAAGAGAUACUCUGAUUUAAAAGCAUUAAAUGACUAACUAUAAUAGAAAAAUAAUGAAUUCAAGUUAAAAUUAUUACUUCCAAGAUUUCCAAAAAAGAAAAUGUUUGGGAGAACUAAAAAUUCUCAAAGUGACAUUAAGACUAGAGUAAUUAAAUUCUUAAAUUCUUAGGGUUUAGAAUUACAGUAAUAUUUAGAAACCAUUCUCAAUAUUCCAUCCAUAUGGUCAUUUCAAUUUUUGAGAGAAUAUUUACCUAAAGUAUAAUAAAUAGAUGAAACUUGUCGAUUAGAAUAAAUUAAUACUGAAUAUUCUAAGGAUUUAUGUUGGUUGCAAAUGGAUGAAUUGAAAAAAUCAUUUCUUCAAAGACAAGAUCUUUUCCAAUCAAACAAGAAAAAUAAUUAGAAAGGAAAUAAAACUUCAGGGUAUUAUUAGAGAUAUCAUUUUACAAUAAAUGAAUUUAUCAUUUAGAAUGAUCAUGUUUAAUAUCUCAUCAUUUUAACAGAUACUAAAAAGACAACUAAAUAUUAAUUUGAAAUGAGAUAUAGCAACCUUAGAGAUUGCCAUUUAUUAUUAGAAAAAUAAUAAUUUAAAAAUUGUCUCCCUUAAUUUCCUAAAAGGAGAUUGAUAGGAUAGACAAUUCAUAAUCCAUAAUAAAUAUAAGAUAGACAAGAUUAAUUAUAAAGAUAUUUAAAUUAGAUAUUUAGUGUUUAAGAAUUUGUUGAAAGUGAACCAUUGGUGUAUUUUAUUACAAGAAUUAAAUUAGAAGGCAAAUCUAUUAGAUAAGGUUAAGCAGAAAGAGUAAGUUAAUUUUCAUAAUAAGUGAAUGGAUCUUCAUUUAAUGUUAGUUAAGGAAUGGAAGAACUUCGAGAAUAGAAAUCAAUUUGA